UUUGUGUUUAUUAUUCAGCCCAUGUGUGAUACUGAUGUAUAUAGCAAGUAUAUGCAUAUAACAUACACAUUCUUUGUGUCAUUAAAUUAUUAAUUUAUUUUAUUAAAAAUAUUAUUUCACCUUGAAAUUGAAAGCAUGUUUUGAAUGUAACGGGUGUUCGCCUUCAAAUUGCACGUAAUCGAACCUUUUCGAUAGGUUGAAAGAUUGUAGAUACCAAAAGUAUCGCAAGCUACCUGCACAAAUAUCGAUAUAAAGCGUGUGCCAGUGCCGAUAGCGCUGCGAACGUUGCCGCCUGAAAGUCUGGAGUUGCUUUCAUAACACUCAAAAAAAAGCUAAAUAUGUCCGCUGUGGAACAGGAUCCCGUAGAAUUGAUGCUUAAGAAAACGGGCUGCAUUGAGCUACACUACAAGGUACAGGAGUGCAUCGCAGAAACGGGCGACUGGCGCAUGUGCCAGGACAAAGUCAAAGAGUUUAAGGCGUGCAUGCAAAACUACGUGGACCAGCAGUCCAAAAAGUACGCCAAUGUUAAAUAAGAUCAGACAAAAACUCG